UCUCUCCGCGUCCUCGCUGUCAAAGAACUUGAAGAGGAAAGCACGCUGCUGCAGUCACCGCCGGAGAGCCCGAAUCGCUGUUAUUAUUGGUUUUACACUCGUUUGUGCAGCAUGGGAGUCAUUUCGUUGACUGAAGUGAAGCUUUCAGUUUGAACGGCAAAAAGGACGCAGGACAAAACGGCUUCGUCUCGGCGCGCAGGAGCAUCUGGCUCGUCCUCCUCCCCUUAUGCUAGCUUAGCCUGCUAGCUACCUGCACAGUCCUUGUCCCAUGCAAGACCGGGAGAGCAAAUAGAGAGAGAGAGAGAGAGAGCGGCAGCGGGCGAGAGAGAGAGAGAGCGAGUCGAAGCGGUGAUUACAAACCAAGCAGGAAUUUCCUUCAUUGAUACAGCUGCUUUCAUAUUUCAGAUGCGUUUUAUUUGCUUGCCUCAUUACGGAAAAAGGAAGUCUGGAUGAACUUAAUCACUUGCUAGCCAAAUUGCUGGUUGCAGUCGGUGUAGUCUUACUGCGUCUGGGACGGGGGGUGUCUGUUCGGUAGUCCCAAUUAACUGCCUUCCAUAUUCCGACUGCGAGUUCACCAAGCCAGUCGGUUCGACCAUACUUGGAUGAUAUUACGUGUUUUACCUCGCCAGGAAGUCAAUUCAAACUCUAGAAGAUGAUACCCGACAAAGCCCCCAAGGAAGACGUUUUCCAUGCAGCGGGAGACCUGAAGAAGGAGGCUCAUAUUCCCACCUUUGAGAAAUACAAAGAGCUCUAUGUGAAAUCCAUAGAGAACCCCGAUGAGUUUUGGGGUGACAUUGCCAAAGACUUCUUCUGGAAGACCAAGCACACGGGUCGUUUCCUGGACUUCAAUUUUGACGUGACCAAAGGAGAGAUCUUCAUCAAGUGCAUGGAGGGAGCCUCCACCAACAUCUGCUACAACCUCUUGGACCGAAACGUCCACGAGAAGAAACUAGGCGACAAAGUGGCUUUCUAUUGGGAGGGUAAUGAGCCGGGGGAUGAGCUGACGGUGACCUACAGAGAGCUUCUCCAAAGGGUCUGUCAGUUUGCCAACGUCCUCAAAUCCCAAGGAGUGAAGAAGGGUGACCGGGUGUCCAUUUACAUGCCCAUGGUGGUUGAACUGGUUGUAGCCAUGCUGGCCUGUGUCCGCAUCGGGGCUGUACACUCCAUCGUGUUUGCAGGUUUCUCUGCUGACUCUCUGUGUGAGAGGAUUCUGGACUCCCAGUGCUCGCUGCUCAUCACAGCAGAUGGUUUCUACAGAGGAAAUAAGCUGAUCAACUUGAAGCUGAUAGCUGACGAGGCACUGCAGAAAUGCAAAGACAAGGAUUUCCCUGUACAGAGGUGUAUCAUGUUGAAGCACCUGUCUAAAGAGGGAGAGGAGUCUCCUCUGGGCUCCCAGUCUCCCCCAGCUAAACGGCCCUGCCCCGAUCUGCAGCAGGAGAAACAGACAGGGAGAGUAAAGAAAACCCGCCCUGUCCCCCAGGUCCCUUGGAACUCAGAGGUGGACCUGUGUUGGCACACCCUGAUACGUGGGGUGUCGGAUGAGUGUGACCCAGAGUGGUGUGACUCGGAGGACCCCCUUUUCAUCCUCUACACCAGUGGCUCCACAGGCAAACCUAAGGGCGUUCUCCAUACCAUCAGCGGCUACAUGCUAUAUACCGCCACCACCUUCAAACUGGUCUUUGACUACCAGCCCAAUGACGUCUACUGGUGCACGGCAGACAUUGGCUGGAUCACUGGCCACUCUUACAUCACCUACGGCCCCCUGGCCAAUGGAGCCACUGGUGUGUUGUUUGAAGGCUUACCCACUUACCCCGAUGUGAGCCGUAUGUGGGAGAUUGUGGACAAAUACCGUGUGACCAAGUUCUACACGGCUCCCACCGCCAUCAGGCUUCUGAUGAAGUACGGCAGCGAGCCAGUGCAGAAGUACAAGCGUGACUCUCUGAAGGUGUUGGGGACAGUCGGAGAGCCCAUUAACCCUGAGGCCUGGCAGUGGUACUACACUGUGGUAGGAGAGAAGAGAUGCCCCAUCGUCGACACCUUCUGGCAGACAGAAACAGGUGGACAUGUGUUGACUCCUCUGCCUGCUGUCACGCCAAUGAAACCUGGAUCUGCUACGUUCCCGUUCUUUGGAGUAAUGCCGGCCAUCUUGAAUGAAUCAGGAGAGGAGCUGGAGGGACCAAGUGAAGGUUACUUGGUCUUCAAACAGCCUUGGCCAGGUGUGAUGAGGUCAGUGUAUGGAAACCACCAAAGGUUUGAGACCACCUACUUUAAGAAGUUCCCGGGGUACUAUGUGACCGGAGAUGGCUGCCGUAGAGACAAGGAUGGAUAUUACUGGAUCACAGGGAGGAUAGAUGACAUGUUGAAUGUCUCUGGUCACUUGCUGAGUACAGCGGAGGUAGAGUCAGCUCUGGCUGAACAUGAGGCAGUAGCAGAGGCAGCUGUAGUAGGGAGACCCCACCCUGUGAAAGGAGAGAGCCUCUACUGCUUUGUAACGCUCACUGACGGUGUCAACUACAACCUCACACUGGAGGCAGAGUUGAAAAAGCAAGUGAGGGAGAAGAUUGGUGCCAUUGCCACACCAGACUUUAUCCAAAAUGCACCCGGACUUCCAAAGACCAGAUCUGGGAAGAUCAUGAGACGGGUGUUGCGGAAGAUUGCUCAGGAUGAGCGAGACCUGGGCGACAUUUCCACGCUGGCCGACUCCUCGGUUAUUGAGGAGCUCUUCCAGAACCGUUGUCCCACUGCUGUGUGACCCCAGUGCCUCUGGGAGGCACCACACAGAGCCCGAGAGAGAGAGCUCUGGCUGAAGCUGCCCGCCAGUGGCCACAUACCUAACCAGGGAAGAAUAAUAAUUUUAAGAUGAAUGAUGAGAAUUAAUUUGUGGGGGUCUCAGCCUUGUCCAGAAACCUGUAAAGCCCUGUCAGUGCCCCACCACACAGAGGUGACACAGGAAGUUAGCUUUUUUUCUUGCCAUAGCGGUGGGUGUACCCAAAAGUUUACCUCCACUUUUUUCUCAACAAACUAGACUUUCAGAGUAGAUCUCCAAAUGGUAGUCAUUUAUAAGUCAGUGUGGUUGGUAGAGUAGACAACCAAUAAGCUAACAGGACAAAUACUUCUUGGCCCCUAAUAAAGUUUCAGGACAUGAUAUUUAAUACAUCACUGUAGAAUAAGUACCAGGGCCCGACCAUGCCCUAGACCCUUUAAGUACUGGGCACAAGUGUGCAGUAGAUAGCAGGAAGAUGUUAUUUGAUAGUGAGCAUAAAAAAAACAAAACUGUGCUUUUAAGAAACAUACGUGAGCAACACCUAACCCUGGCUUUAUUCCAGCUUUUUUAACCCAUGGAGAGGUAUUUAAAUAGACUGUUUGUACUUUUAGACUCAAAAGUACAUUAUGAAAUGAAACAUUUUUGAAUCUGUUAAUACAGAGCCGAAUAAGGCCUUGGUUAAGUGCUGCCUUUAAGGAUAUAUUAUUUUUUUCUUUUUUUUUUACUUAGGCAUCAUUUGGAAUCGUACAAACAAAAACUUCACCGAUCAUUUCAGUAUGGAGAAGCUAAAUACUUUUAAAUCUACAACACAGUCCAAUGAGGCAGUUGUUUAAGCCCUCAAAAACCAUGUCUCCUUUUCAAAAACAGGAAGCUCAUAAUGCAGUCACGUGUAUACUGAUAUGUUCAGUUUAGAAACAUUUCUAGCCAUGUUUUCUAUCAAGUUUUAGUUUGAGGGAAUCCAGGUGGCGUGGCAGUCUAUUCCAUUGCCUACCAACACAGGGAUCGCUGGUUCGAAUCCCUGUUACCUCCAGCUUGGUCGGGCGUCCCUACAGACACAAUUGGCCGUGUCUGCGGGUGGGUAAGAGUGGGGUAACUGGGAAGAAAAAUCAAAAAAAAAAAAAAAUUGUACUUCCAUAAACAUUUCCGUUGUUACGUGUUUGCCGGUCUGGAAUUACAUGACUGUAACUGAUGCUACAGGACUUCCUUCUCUCAAAUGUGGAAGUUUACACAGAUGGAUAUAUAUACUUUAAAAAAAAACGCCUAAUACACCGUCGUAGAAUAUGUUUUAAAUUGGAGUAAACAAGGGUAAAUGAGGAUACUUGUGACUUUACAUGAGAUAUAUCAGUUUUUGAAGGCUUAAAAAAAAAUAGCCCAUUGGACUGUAUUUAGCACCAACACUGAAGUGGUCAGAGUAUUUGGAGGUCUGGGUUUGAAAUAAUAAACCUGUCCUUCCAAGUUUAUUUAACAGACUACCUACUCUUGCCACAGUAUAGUUAUAUACGCCGAUGAUUUGCUCCUAGUCAUAACUUCUGUCUUGGGGGGGAAAAAUAGACUUUACAAUUUUUUUUAAAUUUCAGUUCAGCUUUGACCUAGGAUUUGAUCUGUAUGUCUGUCUGCAUGCUUGUAUGUUUUUAGUUUGUAAAAAGCAUUUAGGCUCUUGUCAGUCUGAUGGGGAAUUGCUGAGAAUAUCCUAGCAAUGUAAAAGCGGAACACCCCAACAGGAACCUCAAAAUAUGUCCUACUAAAUCUGAUGGUUUAACUCUUAUCUUAACGGAAACAUGCAUCCACAUUCCCUAAAAACCAGAGUAAAAGAAAAGGAAAAAAGGAAAAUGUAUAUGCAGUGGGAAUGCCAUUUUACACAGUGAAUCAGUCUUUAUUGUAAAUCCACUUGCAAUCUUCAUUUAAAUCACAUUUUAAGAAAACAAGUGGGUCUCUAAACUUUGGCUCAAAAUAAUGCAAUCUUUCACAGAGGCCACUUUGAAAUGCCAUAAUAUGCAUCUUUUCUAGGCAUCUAGAUGCAGAUUAGGCCAUGUAGCAGCUAGUAAAUCUGCUUCAGGGUGUCGUCCUGCUUCUGUCAUACACUCAGAUAUUGAAAGAUAUGGAAGAAUAAUGUCUGGACAUGUCAGGAAUUCUCUGAAAUCAUUACAAUGUCAAAAGGUUGGGGAAACUAAUACAAUGAUAUAUGUCUUUAUGGUCGAUGGCAUGGAUUGCAUUAAAUUAUAAAGCCAGGUUUUAUACAUAAAUUGAUUUUUCUGUGAUUAGAGGUUAAAAAAAAGGGACCCACGUCUGAUGUUUUCAUGGUGGGAUGACCAUGGAAGUGCAGAUCAAAUUUGGAUCAUGUUAGAGUUACACUAUAUAACCUUAUAAAACUACUGAUCAGAGAAUGCACUCGGCUAAAUUUGAGUUGUCAAAUCUACUGUUGUUGUUGGGGUGCACGAAGAGUCGAUCAUUUUUUUCGGUUAAAAGCUGUCUGAGCACACUGCUUCUAUCAGUAAAUGCCCUGCCACAUAACACAAGACAUGAGCUGCCCAGUAUAACCAGUCUGCUACUGUCCUCUACUGAGGAGUCCCAUCUGUGCAGUUAGCAGUGGCAUGCCUUGCUCAAGCGCACCUGGACAUUAGUCGUUGAGGUUUCUCAUGCACUUUACAUGCUCAGAUCGUCCAAGGCUGUACAGGUGCUAUAACAGGCAACUGCAAACCGUUUCUCAAACCUCAGCUGGCUCUGGAUUAAAGGGCACCUAGUGCUUUACAUUUAAAUGUAAACAUUUUCAAUAAAAAGGGAAUAUCCAACGUUGACCUGUCAUUUAGACCUCUCGUUUUAAGAUUUAAUUUGGAGCUUGGGACAGUUUCCUAGUUUAGUGUCAUCAUUGUAAGUUGGCAUGUUUGAUAUGAGAAUAUUAAUGAUUGAUUGUACUGUUGUUGGAUGGGGAUGAACCAGAUGCAAGACCUCACAUAGAUUUAUCUUAUCAAUGUUUGUUAUAUUUUUUGCCGUUUGUGUCUUAAUGUGCCAACCUAGAUAACAAUGGAACGAGCUAUGUUAAGCUUACUCUGAUAUGUAAAUAACUUUGACUUGGAAAGCUUUUUUGUCUAUGAAGAUAAGUAACUCGGGUAAAGAAGAGUUUUACAUUUGUUUUCUUGUUAAUCUCCAGUUUCUGUUGUUUCCAUUGCCCUCCUUUGUAUCAACAUGUAUGGAAUGACAGUAAAUGGCCAUGACUACUGA